GAGAGAGAGAGAGCCGCGAGUGGAGUUACGCUGGUGCACUUGGAGGCAGCGGCGCCAACACGCUUCGCUUUCGGUUUUGCAGUGAGGCUGCGCGAUGUCGGACGUCGGCGACGUGGGCGUGGGCCCGGUGGGCCGCACCGGCCGCAUCCCGGACCCGCCGCUCAAGCACCUGUUCGACGGGGACGCCACCAACGUCUACAACGACGAGAUAUGCAACCUGUGCGCCGGCACCCCGGGGCCGGACCUGCUGCGCCUGUGCACCGACAUCUUCGCGGAGGCCACCGCGCACCGCAUGGAGCUGGAGAGGAAGGACGCGUACCUCUUCCAGUACGGAGCCACCGCCGGCCCGCACGACUUUCGGGAGGAGCUGGCCCUGUUUCUCUCGAAGCGAUACAACGACCCGGUGCACAAGGAAGACCUGAUUCUGACCUGCGGCGCCACGCACGGCCUGCAGCUCAUCCUCAACUCCUUCCUCGAGCCUGACGGCGUCAUCUUCGUGGAGGAGGUCACGUACAUGAUCGCCAUCUCCGUCUUCAGGGAGUUCACCGGGCUGAAGAUCGUUCCAGUGGCGUUCUCCGAGACGGGCGUGGUGCCCGAGUUGCUGGAGCGCGUCGCCAGGGAGGAGAAGGCCCUCCGCGACCCGGCCAGGUCGACGGGCAAGCCCUUCUGGGCCGUGUUCUACAGCAUACCCGUCUACCACAACCCGACAGGCGUGUGCGCCAGUCAAGAGGUGUGCGCUGAGGUGGUGCGCGUGGCGCGAGACCUGGACUUCCUGGUGGUGUGCGACGACGUGUACAACCUGCUGCACUACUCGGAGGCGGGGCCGGCACCGCGGCGCCUCUUCUCCGUGGACCACGUCGACCGCGCCGACCCCGGCCACGUCAUCUCCAACGGCAGCUUCUCCAAGAUCCUGGCGCCCGGCGUGCGCGUCGGCUGGCUGGAGGCGCCGGGGCCGCUCGUGCAACGGCUGCGGACCUCCGGCAUUCUCCGCAGCGGCGGCGGCGUCAACGCUUACAUGGCCGGGGUGCUGACCAGCGCGCUGCAGCUGGGCCUGCUGGACGCGCACCUGGACAAGCUGGUGGCCGUCCUCAAGGGCCGCAUGCGCGCGCUGUGCUCGGCGCUGGCCGCGACCCUCCCCGAGGGCUGCUCGGUGCGCGCCCCGGACGGCGGCUACUUCGUGUGGCUGCGGCUGCCGGCCUGGGUGGACGCCGAGCGCCUGCACCGCUUCGCCCGCGACGCGCGCCGCGUGUCCGCCUUCCCGGGCACCAUCUUCUCGCCCGCCGCCGCGCCCGCCAGCGACGCGUACCGCCACUGCCUCCGGCUGGCCAUCGCCUUCCACGACGAGCAGAAGCUGGCGGCCGCGGCCCGCGACCUGUGCGCCGCCAUCGCCGAGUUCCUACAGCGAGGCGGGGACGUGUGAAGCGAAGCGACAACCCCGACACCAUUUCAAAAAUCACUUUAUUUUUGUAUCGAGUCCAUUGUCUUGCA